CGCAUUGCGCCGCUUCAUCCUCCCCCUGUUGAUUCACUUGUGAUAUCGGUCUGGUAACUGUAACUGGAAAUGUCAUUCGCUCAUCCUAAUAUUCCCACUUCUUCAAUUAUCCACCAUUGUUGUUGUUUUAUGCACAUGAAACAAAGAAAUAAAUAAAAACAGUCCGCGGAAGGCCCUCCCCUUUUCACGACACGCUGCGUCCCCUUGCUAACGGUUGACGUCAUGCCGCCAUCAGAGGCGUACGAAACAUGGCUGCUCCCUGCGAGUCCAGACUGAGACGUUUUUCCUCAAUUUUAAAUAUUUAAUAGUCACUUCUGAACGAUGAUGAAUACCACAGACAAGGUAGAGAAAAUGGUGCCAUCUGCUGAGGAAGAAGAGGAGGAGGAGGAGGAGGAAGAUGGAGAUGAUGAAGAACAGGAAGGUGGAGGUGAUGAGGAAAAGGAGGAAGAAGCAGAUAAAACUGGGGAAAAUAUUCAAUUGCCUGCUCAACCCAGUGAGAAAAAGCAGGCUGAGGGCCUGAACCUGAACAAUGAGGUGGUGAAGAUGAGGAAGGAGGUAAAGAGGUUGAGGGCGUUGAUCAUCAGGAAGCUGACCCGACAGAUUGGCGGCCUGAAGAAGAAGAAGGGGACAGAUACCGAAGUUGAGAGGAAUCAGAGGAGAGCUGCCAGACUGCUGGAGGAGAUCCACGCCAUGAAGGUCCUCGUACCAGACCUGGUGACAAAGACAGCCUUGCAAAAGAAUCUCAACUUUGAACAGGUGUGUAAAAACCCAAAGUCUGCUAUUUCGGACCGGGCCGUGGCACGCAUCGCCACACACCCACAGUUCAACAAGAAGAUUGAGGACAUCAAAGCUGCUGUGAAAGCCUUUAAAGAAGAGCGGAUGAAGGGUGGAAAGCAGGGAGGGAAUGAAAAAGUGCAAAGUAAAGCUGAAAAGGUGACUCCACAGUCAUCAGGCAAAAAGAUAGAAAGAAUGAGUGAAGAGGAGGACAUAACAGUGGAGCAAGAGGAAAUAAUAGACAAUGAGGAAGGAGAUGGCAUCAUUAAAGAUACUAAAGAUGCAACUGUUGCCAAACCUGAAAAGGAGCCAAGGAAAGCAACUCCUUCAGCUGAUGAUAGUCAGAGGAAAGACAUGCCAGAGCCUAAGAAUGUAAGACCAGCAUCAAUAAAAAGUAGUGAAGUAAAGGACAUUGUGAAAAAUAAACCUCAAAGUAAAGAUGCAGAAAAGAAACCUGCUCUUAAGUCUGCACCUGAAGCGCUUCAGAAAAAGACAGAUGAGGAAGAGAGUGAUAUAGAGCCAUCUGAUGAUGAAGAAGAGAAAGAGUACUUUGAUGACAGCACAGAAGAACGUUUCCGCAAGCAGUCCUCUCAGUCUGAGGAGAGUGACGAUGACGACUUCUUUGUUGGAAAAGUGAGCAAAUACAAGAAGAAGAAGCAGAAAAGUGUAGAAGUUGAGAAGGGGCAUGAAGUGAAAGCGGACCCAGCAAACCAGCUCCAGAGUAGACUUGAUGAGCUUGAGUCCAGGCUUAAGUCUAAAGCGACCUCGCUUCAGUCUGUUUUUUGUUCUUCCCUCUCUGCGUCUAAGCCUGGUGGGGGCAGAGGUGCAGGCAGAGGGAGAGGUGGGGAUACAUUUAGGGGCCCAGGGAAAACAAAGGGUGGCAGCGGUCUAAAUAGAGAUUUUAGUAAACAAUCCAAGUUCAAAAAUCAGGACAAAGGAACAGAAAGAAAUCCAGAGUCAAAGUACAGCAGGCCCCGCCCUGAGGGCAGACAUCCUGAGUCGUCAGAGAAGGGCUCUGCCGGCCGAGGCAGAGGGCGAGGCAGAGGUGACGCUUUUAGGCAGAUUGAUCGCAGGGGUGGAGGUGCCUUUUCCUAUCAGGCACCACAGCAGGCACUGCAUCCAUCCUGGGAGGCCAGUAAGAAAAGGAAGGAGCAGCAAGGGCAAAUCCUGGCCUUCCAGGGGAAGAAGAUCAAGUUUGAAGAUGAUGACUGAAACUAUCUUUCUUUCUUUUUUAAUGCUGAAUACAUAUCUUUGGUUGAGUGUCUCACAUGCCAUAUUUGAAUAAGUUUUGUUAUCCGGCACACUAGUGAAGUGUAAAGGUUGUCACUUAUUCUGUAUCUCCAGUGUAAUUCAUUGACAGUGUUUUUUCAUCUUUAUGGCUAGCAAAAGACAAAAAGAUAUUUGUUUAAAGCAUCGGAAAUGCUUUUCAUAGAAAGGGUUUACCAGUUAACAGUUUGAGGAACAUGUAAUUUGUAUGAAUGCCAGUUAUGUGGGAAAUGUAACUGGGGGGGGGGGGCUUGGGAAGUAAUAUUGUUAGGUUCUUAUGUUUUGACCUGUACACAAUUUCAUGCUUUGUCCAAAAUGGUAAUUAGGGCCCAGUUAUUGUAUAGUACAUAUUCUCUGAAAUUGGUGUAUGGUGAUACACAUUAUCUGCAGUGAGAUCUUAAACCAAGUGACUUUUCCCUGUUUUUGUUACUUGUCUCUAACCAGCUAUGUUUAAACUAUAUAAAGUUUAUAUUAUAUUUACGGUUUUAAUGUACUUUGCUGUUGGAUCUUCAUGUCAAGAAAACUUCAUUAAAUGCAUUUUAAAAAUAUUAAUUCAAUCAUAAAAAACGCAAUUGAUCACAAACAAUACUUGAAAUCCAGUUGUUGCAGGGCUCUGCAGCCAUUGGACGGCUACAGCUGCGUCAGACGUACACGGCGCUGCGUACACAGUGAUGGCCAAUAGUAAUUUACAUGCAAAUGUGGUUCAAACCUGUCCCGGGGAGUCUGAGUUUCGUGCGUGGAAGAACCUCGUUCAGAAUCAGCACGAGUCACGUGAUAUGUUGUACGAGCGAUAGACUUGAUAAGUUGGCAGAGAGGCAGCUGGGACAAGAUGAGAAAAGGGGCUCCUUGGUGGCAGUGUGCACUCUGGACAGCAACCAGGCAAUGCGGGGCGUUCCGAGAAUAGGUCGACUGUACUCCGGCCCUCCGUCCUGCGUUAUGCAGGGCCGUUAAUGUCUGGUCCUCCGAGCUGACUGACGGUCUCAAGUGUGCUAACGUUACACCCCCCCGGAUCCUCAACAGCCGGGACAGGGCGGAAAUUUAAGCUCGAACGAGUUCAGGUCAUAGGCUGUAUAUAAAGAUGGCUCAGG